GAAAUGGGCACCACUCUGUUCUAAAGCAUUACUACCCCUUAAUUGUAAGUUGCAACACCAUAUAGUACACUAUAUUCAUUCUCUCCGACAUCAUUGAAUCUGUUUGCAUAUAUUGUUGGGGGGAAAUGAUGAAGAGGAAGCUGAAGUUCAACGCCGGCAGAAGUGCCGGUGUCGGGGAGACCAAAACGUCGUCGUCCGCGGCGAGAAUCGCUGAGGAAGUGAAGUGGGAGAUGAGGCCGGGCGGGAUGUUGGUCCAGAAAAGAGGCGACAACUCCGACGACGCCGUUUCACCUCCCAAACUCCAAAUCCGCGUCGCUUACGGCGCUGCUCGCUACGACCUCUCCGUCAAUUCUCAGGCCACCUUCGGGGAAGUGAAGAAGCUUAUGACGGCGGAGACGGGGCUGCAACCCGGCGAGCAGCGGCUGAUAUUCAGAGGAAAAGAGAGGGAGAACGGCGACUACUUAGACAUGAGUGGAGUGAGAGAGCGGUCUAAGCUCAUCAUGAUCGAAGACCCAGAAAGCAAGGAAAAAAGAUUCAUUCAGAUGCGCCGCAACGCCAAGAUCCAGACUGCUCGUCGCUUCAUCGACGACGUCGCCGUGGAAGUCGAUAAGCUCUCGGACCAGGUUUGUGCAAUAGAAAAAUCAAUUGGAAAUGGGAAUAAGGUAGCAGAAUUGCAGAUAACAACUUUGAUUGAGAUGUUGAUGGCACAAGCUGUGAAAUUGGAUAAUGUUCAUGCAGAAGGAGAUGCAUUUGGCCACAAGAAUUUGCAGAGUGAGAGAGUGAAGAAGUGUGUGGAAAGCCUUGAUAAGCUGAAGGUGGCUAAUGCUCAAGUGAAGCCGCCGGUGGUUGUCACCACCGCCAAGUGGAAGUUUUUGGAUGAUCCGCCACCUCCGGCCACUACCAAUUGGGAGAUAUUUGAUUGAAUUUUUUUUUUAAUUACUAGAUUUCUAUUACCUCUUAUUUUGACUCUCUUUUUAGUCUCUUUCUUUACUUAAUUUCUAGUUUGUAUAUAUAUUUACCUCAACAAAUUAACAGCUACACUUCCUGUACUUAAAGCUCUUCCCCUCUGGUCCUCUAUUUGGAUUUACCAAUAAAACAUCUCUUAACUA